AUGUCUUCGGCAGCCGUUCAGGCCAACUCACCUGCCGUGUCAAACCGUCAGUACCCACAGUCUUCUCACCAGCGCGACCAGUAUUACAGUGCUCAAUCGGGCAAUGUAGCUUCAAGUCCACAGGCAUCCAGAAAACCCUCAAGACGUCCCAGCGGCAAUGGCAGCGUGCCAAAUACCCCGACUGCUACCCAAUACAAUCAAUCUCCAUCCGCCUCUAGUGCGAGUAUGACAACUCCACGCGCACACCCUCUACCGCCAUCGUCCGUCCACGCUUCUCCGGCAUUUUCUGGAUCCACUACCGCUAGCGGACCGAACGUACCUCAACGAACCUCAUCUCACCAACAGAGUCAGACGCGCGACAACACACACAAUACCGAGCAGUUCAGAAACAUGAGCCUAGAUGACGGCCAAGCUGCGGGGAGUCAAUCCCGCAGACAAGGUCACUCAUCUUCAGGCAAUGGGUCUUCAGCUAGAACUAAGCAGUCGCCAGGUCACAGCCGCUCAGCAACUGCUGUUGCAACACCUCCGGCAAACCUUCCCCGUGAGGACAGCACCAUCAUCAACCGUGUCAUCACCUCCGAUCCCAACGAAGACAUUGCACGCGAGAAGGCCCGUCAAGCUGAGGCAAGAGGUCAAGCUCCGGUUGAUAUUGAUGCAUCAUCAAGUGGCCUUGGCCUGGUAGGUAGCGAGGGUGUAGAUGAUGGUGGUCGUGGAGGCGCCAGGAGACAAGAUCACUCCAAAUCGGACAGACGAUCAAAAGAGACAAGAUUCGGUGACUACAUACUCGGCCAGACUCUUGGUGAGGGAGAGUUUGGCAAGGUCAAGAUGGGCUGGAAAAAAGAAGGUGGUGUCCAGGUUGCAAUCAAGCUCAUUCGGAGGGAUGCGUUGGGCACAAACCCCAGUCGUUUACCGAAGAUCUAUCGCGAAAUCUCAAUCUUGCGUGGCUUGCAGCACCCGAACAUCGUACGGCUACACGAGAUGGUUGAGACCGAGCGACAUAUUGGUAUCAUACUUGAAUAUGCGUCUGGCGGAGAGCUUUUCGACUACAUCCUCACCCAUCGUUACUUGAAGGACAAUGCCGCAAGGCGACUCUUCGCUCAGCUUGUUUCUGGGGUAGGAUACUUACACAAGCGAGGAAUCGUCCAUCGCGACCUGAAGUUGGAGAACUUGAUGCUCGACCGCAAUCGUAACAUCAUCAUUACCGAUUUCGGCUUUGCAAACACGUUUAAUCCGACCGAAGAUCUCGGCGAUGAAAUUGAAUACAAUCUGUCCAACAGAGAUUUCGUGAAGAAGAUGGGCUUAGAGCAGCUCCGCACGGAUGGCACGAGACGAGGUGAUCUCAUGCAGACAAGUUGUGGUAGUCCAUGCUAUGCAGCACCAGAACUUGUCGUGAGUGACUCUCUGUACACUGGCAGGAAGGUCGAUGUAUGGAGCUGUGGUGUAAUAUUGUACGCCAUGCUCGCCGGGUAUCUUCCGUUCGACGACGAUCCAGCGAAUCCCGAGGGCGACAACAUCAAUCUGCUCUACAAAUACAUUGUAUCAACACCACUUACGUUCCCAGAAUAUGUCACACCACAUGCAAGAGACUUACUGAAGAGGAUACUUGUUCCGGACCCAAGAAAGCGGGCGGAUCUAUUCGAGGUGGCCCGUCACAGUUGGUUGAGCGAAUUCGCACACGUCGUUGGAUUCAUCACCAGCAGCACCACGACGACCAGCGAUAUCGCCAACACCACUGUUCCCGCACGUACGUCUACCAGCGUCCAGCAACCAGCUCAAACUGACGGCUUCUUAGAAGAUCCAUACGAACCACCAAUGCUUACGCGCAGUGCGUCUGUUCGUGAACCUACCAAACCACAAUCUGCACACAACACAACAGUUGGGGGAUUGCAGAAACCUCAGGGCAGUGUUGAUCCGAAUGCAGAGAGCAAGACUAGGGAUCCAAGAGAUGCCAAACGGCGUACCGUACAGGUCGAAUAUGUUGCUCCUCAAAGGGAGACAGCUCGCGAACACAGUUCCCCUGCAACUGCCACAAGUAACGGUACUCCCCGGACGAGACAAAGAGCGGACCAAGGCCCAACCGAAGUUUCAGCAACGUACCAGUCUAGCUCACGCCAAACUGCUCAACGAUCUUCUUCUGGUGCCGCACCGCCUUCAAGUCGUGUGGCCUCCGAGUCGAUUGCAUUCGGUAGCGCACCCCAUCACUCUGCCAUGCCGACUACAUCCAAUACGAGACCUGCUACUGGCGGUUCUAUGGGUGCCACUGGCAGACUCCCGUCGCGUGGAAACUCUUACGGUCAGCCAGCUGCUGCGACAGUCGCGCCUACGAAUGCACAGGGACGCUUCUCUCAGCCAAAAGGCAAGCGAUAUGUCAUUUCGGCGCCGAUGCCACAAGACGGUGGAAACGAGUCGGCAAUGGGCAGGCCUAGUACACAGCGUAUGCCGUCUCACGACGCUCGUCAAGAACCAACGUCGGAGCAUCGGAGCUCACACAGACGGUCGAAUACGGUUGGUGGUAUAAGCGAAAAGAUCUUUGGGCGUGCUCCUUCAAUGUUUGGUGGACGGCCAUCUGUAGAGCAAGGCAACCGGGAGAAUAAGAAAUACCCUCCGACGAGCAUGGCCGCGCCCAUUCCUAAUGACCCAGAUGCCCCGCGCCAAUCUAUCGAGUCAAGCCGUCGCACUUCAUUCGGAUUCAACAGGAGGAGCAAUGAUACAAACUCGAAGCCUGAGCGCCAAUCGAGAAGAUUUUCUCUCAUACCAAACAUCAAAAAUGCCUUUGGCGGUAGUAGCAAGUCUCAAGACCCGCCAUCUUCAUCGCACUCUGCCGAUCCCCGACGAUCGCAGGCACCUCGUAGUCGUGGACAGAGUCGCCCAAAUACCACCCACGUUGCUUAUGGAUCCGCUGCAUCGAGAUCUCCGAGCCAGAGUACGACUGGAAGCACUAUACCAGUUCUGUAUGAUGGAAAUCGAGAAAGUCCACCUAGCCAGAUGCGCGAAUCCCGGAUUGCACCUACCUCUGCUCCCUCUCAGCAGACUCAGUUUUCAUCGAACUAUGCUCACUACGACCGCGACGCAAGGUAUUACAACCAGGCAAAUGACAGUGAAGCAUCUCAGCCCGUAGUAGGACGACCACAAUAUCCUGCUGGUUUCAACACCAGCGAGACACUCCCAUCCCAGCGUGAUCGGCCGGGUGUCCUGCAAAAGAAUCGCAAGUUUGCAGAGGAGCAAGGUCCAGCAGGCCAUGGCGCCAGUUCCAAUAGCUCUAGACGGGUCACCGAUUGGUUCAGACGGAUCGGAAGACAGAGGACGAGAGAGGAGCGGUGAUGUAAGAAAGGAAGAGGGCCAGGGAAGAAAAGACAGCGCAAGUAAGCUUUUAAUAGACGCAGGUUUGUUGGCGAAUAUCUCGGCCAACACAUUCCCACCUUUCGACACUGGGCGAGGACAGCAGGUC